AUGUCAUCAGAUUUAAAAUCACAAUUUGAACAAUAUUCAUUAGAAUUUUCAAAAUUACAAAACUCUAUAAAUGAAUUAAUUACUUCUAGAUCAAAACUAGAAACUCAGUAUCAAGAAAAUAAAAUUGUGAAUGAAGAAUUUGAAACUUUAAAUGAAGAUUCAAAAAUUUAUAAAUUAAUUGGAUCUAUUUUAUUACCUCAAGAUUAUCAAGAUGCAAAUAUGAAUAUAAAUAAAAGAAUUGAAUUUAUUGAAAAUGAAAUAAAUAGAGUCGAAACAAAGAUUAAAAAUGAAGAAACUGAAAUGGAAAAUAUCAGAAAUAAAUUAUUGGAAGUUAGAUCUAAGUUGGGUGCUUGA